AUGGAAACUAUUGGUCUGCCACCGGCACCACAGCUCCUGGCCGUAGACCCUCAGACCCUCAGACCUGGAGACCCUCAGACCCUCAGACCUGGAGACCCUCAGACCCUCAGAUCCAGAGACCCGGAGACCCUCAGACCCUCAGAUCCAGAGACCCGGAGACCCUCAGACCCUCAGAUCCAGAGACCCGGAGACCCUCAGACCCUCAGAUCCAGAGACCCGGAGACCCUCAGACCUGGAGACCCUCAGACCCUCAGACCCGGAGACCCUCAGACCCUCAGACCCUCAGACCCAGAGACCCGGAGACCCUCAGACCCUCAGACCUGGAGACCCCCAGACCCUCAGACCCUCAGACCCGGAGACCCUCAGACCCUCAGACCCAGAGACCCGGAGACCCUCAGACUCUCAGACCCUCAGACCUGGAGACCCUCAGACCCUCAGACCUGGAGACCCUCAGACCCUCAGACCUGGAGACCCUCAGACCCUCAGACCUGGAGACCCUCAGAUCCUCAGACCUGGAGACCCUCAGACCCUCAGACCCUCAGACCUGGAGACCCUCAGACCCUCAGACCUGGAGACCCUCAGACCCGGAGACCCUCAGACCCUCAGACCCUCAGACCUGGAGACCCUCAGACCCUCAGACUCAGAGACCCUCAGACCCUCAGACCCAGAGACCCAGAGACCCUCAGACCCUCAGACCCUCAGACCCAGAGACCCUCAGACCCUCAGACCCGGAGACCCUCAGACCCGGAGACCCUCAGACCCUCAGACCUGGACCACGGAUAA